AAUAUUACUGCUGAAAAUCAUAUUAUUAUUACUAUUACUUUAGUUAAAUUGCCAUAACUUAAGUCAAUUAUGAAGUUUCUAAUUUUGCUUGCUACUUUAUUAGCAAGUUCAUUGCAAUCGCCAACUGGCCCUAAAAGUUUUGAUGAAAUCAUCGAUUAUGUUAAUAGUUUAGACACAACUUGGAAGGCCGGUAAAAAUUUUGAUGACUCGUAUACUUUGGAAGAUAUUAAAGUAAAAUUGGGUGCAUUAGAGGAACCGAAUCUGGUUUACCCUAAGCAUGAAAUCGAUGAAAAUAUCGAAAUCCCCGAAUCGUUUGAUUCUCGGGAAGCGUGGCCUCAUUGUGCGUCUAUUAAGGAAAUUAGAGAUCAGGGCUCUUGUGGUUCGUGUUGGGCUUUUGCAACAGUCGAAGCUAUUUCUGAUCGCAUAUGUAUUGCCUCUGAGGGCAAACAACAGGUAGAAAUCUCGGCUCAAGAUAUGGUCACGUGUUGCAGUUCAUGUGGUAUGGGAUGUCACGGUGGUUGGCCAUCGGCUGCUUGGAGUUACUACGUUCACACUGGUCUUGUGUCGGGUGGUCUCUAUAAUAGUAAAAAAGGUUGUCAGCCGUACUCUAUUGCCGGAUGCGAACAUCACGCUACCGGUCAUCUGCCGCCCUGUAAGAAAGAUUACGACCCGACACCCAAAUGUGAACACAAAUGUGCUGCCGGUUAUAACGCAACCUAUAAAGAGGAUAAACAUUAUGGCAGCAAAACAUAUGGAUUUUCAAACGAUAAUAAAGCACUUCAGGCGGAUAUCAUGAAGAAUGGACCGGUUGUCGCAGCUUUCACUGUUUACAACGAUUUCCUUCAAUACAAGUCUGGUGUAUAUCACCGAACAUCGGGUACAGUAGCCGGCGGUCACGCCGUUAAGAUUAUUGGUUGGGGCGUUGAAAACGGUGUCGACUACUGGCUUGUGGCCAACUCAUGGAAUGAAGACUGGGGUGACAAAGGAUUGUUUAAAAUCAAAAGAGGACAAAAUGAAUGUGGAUUUGAGGCACAAAUAGCAGCCGGUCUACCAAAACUGUAAUAACUAAAUAAUUACUGUAAUUACUGUUAAUAAUUGAUUUUUUAAAUUUUAUUAAAAGAUCUAUUUGUAAUAAAUUGUAUAUUAAUAAAAUUGGUUAUUAGUAUAUAAUA